UUUUUGUAUUUGCAGGGUUUGUGUAUAAUUGUUAAAGAUAAAACCUUGCGGUUUUUGCAAAUUGUUGUGGUUUUUCCAUUUAUGCAGACCAUGGUUAACCUGGUUUGUUUCUAACGUAUGUUGAACUUUUUCAGAUGCUUUUAUAUCUCCCAGAUUCAGAAAUCCCUUGGCUCAGCACUCUUUCCGUCAUUAUGGAAGCAUAGUUUUGUGGUACCAAUAUUUAAAUCAGAUGAUAAUGACCAAAUAGGCACCUAUAGGGGCGUUUGCAUCCAGUCGGCCAUUCCAAAACUGUUGGACAGUCUUAUCUACGACCAAAUUUAUUUCUAUUGCAAGGAGCUGUUGCUCAAUCAGCAGUAUAGGUUUAGUUCGGGCAGAUCUACGAUCACUAACUUGUUGAUCUAUCAGCAGGAUCUGUUGGAUGCCUUGGAGAGGGGAUGUCAGAUGGAUGUGAUUUAUACAGACUUCUCCAAGGCUUUUGAUAGAGUCGAUCACAGAAUCUUGCAGGAGAAACUUAGAGUGUUUGGUUUCUCCAAUCAUAUAGUUGCCUGGUUCACAAGCUUUUUGUCAGGCCGGACUCAGCAGAUGACCUGACAUUUUAUAGAGUAAUCCAGACUCCCAAAGACCAAAUUUUGUUACAGAAUGACCUGAAUAGGCUAAAUGAUUGGUGUGUCAACAAUAUCUUAUUCUUAAACAUAAAGAAAUGUAAUUAUAUUAGUUUUCACAAGAGAAGUAAAAAAGUUGUAACAUCAUACAAUAUAGAGGAAAGCCCUGUUCAGUAUUCUGAUACAAUCAAGGAUCUUGGCAUUAAUUUUGACGAUCAUUUAAAUUUUAAUAUACACAUAAAUAUUAUAGUGGUGAGGUCCUCCAGGGUUCUGGGUUUUGUUCUCAGUCGAGACCUGUAAGAGAAUGUACAUGUCUUUGGUGGUUUCUUUAUUGGAGUAUGGCUCAACGAUAUGGUCCCCCUAUUACAUGAACAGCUGUCUGGCCCUUGAAAUAAUUCAGAAUAAGUUUUUAAGAUUUUGUCUAUUUAAAUUAAAUUUGGAAAUACCGAACGAUCAUCUUUAUGAUGAUGCACGGGAAGUGCUGGCUAUGACAACAUUGAGAGAAAGACGUAUUCGUGGUGAUUUAACCUUCUUAAUGGUCUGAUUGUAUGCCCCGACCUUCUCGGUAGAAUUAGCUGCAAUGUCCCCUCAAGACUCUUGAGACGAAACCGACUAUUUGCUUUGCCUUUUCACAGUACCAACUAUGCCACUCACUCCCCUAUCGAAAGAACCUCAAAUAUUAUCAACCAUAAGGAUAUUGAAGUUGUGGGCAUUGGAUUGUCUAGUUUUAGGAAUCAAAUUAGAGAGAUUGUGUAAACUCUUCUGUUGAUUUGCCUGUAAAAACAUAUUUGUAAUUUAGCUAUUAUAAGUUAUGGUUAGGUGUAACUAUUGAACUUUGUAAUAUUUUUUUUUGUAAUGGGGUUGAUCCCGUCUAUUAAAUAAAUAAAAGUAUUACAGAUUAUAUUAUAGAAAACUUAACAAGCGGUGUAUUGAAGUAUAGCGAAAUUUGAUAUAAAACCUACAAAAAUUGUUAGACCAAUAUAUGAGAGUCCCACAACUUCUAAUCAUGAAGCUGAACCAGAAUAAGCUAGUGAUAGAAAUAGAUUCUGAAUCUUAGGACGAGAACACAUCUUUUUCAGAUUAUACCACCACAUCCAUUUGCUGUGAAGAAAAUGUAAUAGUUUAUCAUGUUUAAUGAAAUAUUUUUUUCUAUAUAUGAAAAACUGUUGCUUCUUACAUAAUUUUAUGAUUUUUAAUGGCCUAUUGUCUUUAGGUGUA